AUGGUUGAUGACAAACACAAUGACCAGCAUGGACAAUUAGACAUUCUCUGGUGUCUUCUACGCCUACUGUUGCAGACUGUCAUGUCCCUCGGUGUAAAAUAUCGUAUCGCAUCAUCCUCCAUAGCUAAAAUGAAGACCGCUGUGUUUCUUGUUGGUUUGCUCUUCUUGGGACUCGUCUUCGCUGAUGAGGCCGCAAUCGAUUCUGAGUUUGACCAGAGCAUUGACAAACGAGGAUGCAUUGCAACUGGUAGCUUCUGUACGCUCAGCAAGGGAUGCUGCACCAAGAACUGUGGAUGGAACUUCAAAUGCAACCCACCAAACCAGAAGUAGAGUCUGACGUAUGGAACUUUGACUCCGACUAAAAUGUAUUGUUGAAAUGUGGAAAUAAAUGCAUUAAAUAGA